CACAAUUCAUUGCCAGUUGUAAAGUAAACAUAAAUAAUGGGUGAUGAAUACGUGCGUCCGCCAUUAAGCAGAAUUCCCGGCACAGUUAAGCUUAAGGAGCAACACAGCAAGGACUUGAAGACGCUUAGCUAUAACGAAUUGCUGGAGAUGAAGGAUCGUCAAAGCAAAUUCCUGACAUUCAAAAAGCGUUUGCAACUGUUGCCAGACAAGGGGAAACGCCUACAGGAGUCGUACGAUAAACUCUUAGCUGAGAUUGAACGUCGCAACGAUGUCAAUGAGGCUGCGGAACUUCUCUCCGAGCUUAAUAUUGCGUCCAAAGGGAAGACAGUGCUUAACAAUUUGGAAUGGCAUGGUCGGUUGUUACCCAACGAUGGCUCGUCGCACGUGGCCGACAUCCUGGACAGUGACGAUGAGCUCGAGAUGGAUCCGUUGCGAAUAAUUGCUCAAGGCACCAUGCACGAAAAGCAAGUAAAGAUAAUACCGCCGCCUGCUUCGCUAAUCACAGCUGCCGAUUUGGCGGAUAUAGCUGCCUUUACUGCAGAAUCAAAUACACCUUCACCAGACUCGGUGCUGGCGGGACAAAGCGACAUAUCUGCCAGCGAUUCCGCAGCUGAACAUCCGCCAAUAGAAGCUGACCUGAUUGAGAUUGAUGCUGCCAAGUUGGGAAAGCAGCAGCCGACCACUGAGCUGGAGCAACAUGCUCUCUACUUGAUCGAAAAGACAGAAAUGCAAACAGUGCACAAAGUUCGCGAGAAGUUCAAACCCUAUCGCACAACCAUUUCCAAUGUACAUGAUCCGGAUAAGGAGCGGAUUCGCAAAAAGAGUAAGCACUGGGAGAUAACUGCGGCCACGCCCCCACUCAUUCAACAUAAAGAGGCGCAAAUGGUACCUCUGGCUGAGUCCGCAAUGCUUCAGACCGACUAUAUAAGAAAAGUGAAGGACUUGCGUGAGAAACAAGCUGAAGAGCAUUUAGCCAAGCAGCUAAGGAAUACCACAAUACGUCUACCCGAAGAGUCUAUACUGAAAACGAAAAGCUCUUUUCAAGCAUAUCGUAAUCCGCGCACUGAUUAUCUCAUCGAGGGCAAGCAGCGUGUCAGCGAGCAGGAAGAGGUCCAGGACCCCAGCAUUGCGGAGAAAGCCGCUAGCGGCAUUAACUAUGCCGUCUACAAAUAAUAUCGAAAUAAAGCUGUAACAUUCA